AGAUACUUGAGCCUGCUAGCCCAUAAUGGGGCACACACUAUUUUUCAUCCUUGCCCUUGUGGCGGGAUCACAAGCAGGUCCUAUACAAGAGAUCCAGAUAUCAGACAAAUGUGCAAGACAAUGCACUGUGUCAAACCAAUUCAACUACGAACCCGGAACGACCUAUGAAUUCACAUAUGAGACGGACAUACGGACGGCUGUACAGGGCGCCUCGGAGGAUCAUGCUGGAGUCCACCUUACAUCCAAAGUCUACUUGGACUUUGCUUCCAAAUGUGAAAUGAUCAUGCGGCUGAGUGACGUUAAACUGAGCGAACACGACCCAGAAACGUCAACCAUGAAGCCGGUGUCAUCUCCCGAACUAGCAGACCUUGAAAAACAACCUCUGACGGUGUCCUUCCAAGACGGCACAAUCGAAGAUCUAUGUCUGUCACAGGUCGAGUCUGAUAAGACCUUGAACAUUAAGAGAGGUAUUCUGUCACUGAUUCAGAACAACAUGGACGAUAUAACCAAGCCUCAGACUCUCAGCGAGUCGGACGUUGCCGGAACCUGUGAAACCGAGUAUUCCUCCCAGGACAAGGGCUGGUACAAACAGAUCAUCAAGAAGUCCAAGAACCUGUUGGGCUGUACAGAACGCCACAACGGAAACAGCGCUGUCCAGGGCAUCCCAUACCAGGCCAAAUCGGGAAUCCAGAGUAUUCCUAUCGUAAAGAGCACACAGGAAUGCGAACAAGAGAUUGCGAAAGACACUGGCCGUUUGAAUGUAGCCACCUGCCGUGAGAAACACGCUUUCGUUCCGUUCUCUCGCCAAGACAGUGGUGCAAUCACCCACAGCACGCAAACUCUUACCUACGUCAAGGAAUAUGCUUCAAGGCCCAGAGCAGCUACGGUCCAAUCUCGAACUUCUCUGAAGUUUGAACACUCCAACGGAAAUGGUCUGUCUGCCAUGGGUGAUAUUGAAAACAAACUGACGACUAUUUGCGAUGUGACUUCCAACGGUGUGACACCUGAGACGCCCAAUAUGUUUACAUCCCUUGUGCUGUCCAUGAAGUCAAUGUCUGCCAUGGACAUGAACGUCGUGUACAAGAAGAUCAAAACCCUGAAACUCUGCUCAAGCAACAACAAGCGUGUUAUCAAGUUCUUUAUGGACGCCGUGCCAAUGACGGGAACAACUGAGAGUGUGAAGUUCAUGACCCAGUUGAUUACCAGUGGAGAUGUGUCUGGUAUUGAGGCAGAAAUGUGGAUGACCUCCCUUGCCUUUUUACAGCAGCCUUCCGUCGCCAUGCUGAACGAAGUAAAGGACUUGCUGAAAGUUGAAAAUCUACAAGAAAAGGCAAUGCUGUCCGUCAGCUCCCUCGUGCACAGUGUCUGCAGAAACAACCCGGCAUGCGAAAACUACAUUGAAGUAAAGAAGAUCAUUUCACUCCUUGAAAGCAAAAUAGCUCCAUCCUGCAGCAUUUCCGGUGACUAUAAAAUGAGUCUGUUGGCACUCAGAGCGAUUGGAAACGCUGGAUUCGGCACAAACGCUAUUUCCACACUCGAGAAGUGUUUCCGCCGCACUGAGAACCCAAUCGAGAUCCGUCUGUCAGCCAUCGAAGCCUUCCGUCGCAUUCCAUGCUCCACUGAUAAGCCUAUUCUCUUCGAGAUUCUUGGCAAUACAGAAGAAGAUUCGGAAGUAAGAAUCGCAGCAUACAAGUCCAUUAUGGAAUGUGCUUCAGACGAAACCAUAAGCAAAGUCAAGAUAGUGUUAAGCAAGGAGUCAGUCAACCAAGUUGGAUCAUACAUUUGGUCUCACUUAACCAAUCUUAUGGAAACAUCUGACCCACACAAGCAGUCCAUUAGAUCGAUCCUUGAGGAUGAUACGCUGAAGCAAGAAUUUAAUAUGGAUAAGAGGAAGUUUUCCCGCAAUUAUGAAGGUUCCCUUUUCCUUGAAAAGAUCAACACUGGAGCAACCGUUGAGGGAGAUCUCAUUUGGUCAUCAAAAUCCUUCAUUCCGCGAUCUGGCAUGUUCAACCUUACCGUUGAUUUGUUCGGCAAUGCCAUCAAUUUGUUCGAAAUUGGCGGACGCGUCGAAGGUCUGGAAUAUUUCUUGGAAUCCUACUUCGGACCAAAUGGUUAUUUUAGUGAAAAAGAAGUAAAGUCUGCUGUAGACGAAACAGCCGUUGACCUUAUCAAGGCAGACAAAGUCAGCCGUAUUGAUAAAAGGAUGGAAUCUGUAAUGGACGAUCUUCGUGGUUCUCUCUACAUGCGCGUGUUUGGCAACGAGCUGCGCUAUAUGAACUUCAAAGGCCUCGACUCUCUGCUUUCUCAGAACAGCUUCAACUUUUUAGAAGUACUUAUGAAACUCUCAAAUGAAAACGAUUACCAGUUCACCCACAGCACAAUGUUUAUUGAUAGCACUAUUGUCAUCCCUACAAGUUCUGGAUUCCCACUCAAUCUAACUGUGAAUGGAUCAGCAACUAUUGAUAUGAAAGCAUCUGGAAUGGUGGACGUUAUGAAAAUGGCGUCAUCACCUAGGUCGCUGGACAUUCAUGGUAUCAUUCGACCAAGCGCAGCCGUUGUUGUGUCAAGUGUCAUGGGAAUCGACGUACUGUCAAACCAGGUCGGAGUGAAAAUGAUCUCAACACUUCACUCAAGCUCUGCAAUUCAAGGAAAAAUGUCUAUAGUCGAUGGAUCCAUUUUGACCGCAGAGUUCGAUCUUCCAGACGAAAAGAUGGACAUCAUUAGCGUGAAAUCAGAGUUUUAUACUAUGCAUCGUGAAUCAGAGAGACUGCAGAAAAUGAUAACAAGCAAUCGCCAGUCACAUAGCGCGUGUUCUGGUCCGAACCUUGUCAAAGUCGCAGGCUUAGAGAUUUGCGCUGAAAUGAGCUUUCCAAACGCAUCGCUUGUGGAAACUGCACCAUAUUUCCCAAUCACUGGACCGAUGAACGCUGGCAUUACUCUUUACAAGAGAGAUAUAAAGAUGACUGGGUACAAGCUUGAGGCCAGAUCGACGCACAACGCCAAGGAAAACAUCGUUCGAUUCGCCUUUUCAACACCUAACUCCAAAAUUGACAGAGCAUUGGGCGUUGACUUUAGUCUCAAUAAGGAAGACGGAACAUUUGACGCUAGCAUAGCAUCGCCUUGGAAGAAAGGAGACUUUAGAGGUACGUUGGUCAAUUCGAAAUCUGAAAUGGGUGUCAGCGGCAGAAUGAACUGGGAUAACACGCUACGCUUUAACGUCAAUGCCAAUCUUAAAUUGGAAACGUCAGGCCCAGGAAGAAUUAUUAAACCAACAAUCUCGAUUGACAUUCCUAACUUUAAAUCCAUCAAUAUGAAGGGAUCAAUGGAAUAUAGGCCUUGGACACUUUUGGAUACACAAAUGACUAUUGCGGGAUUGAGUGAAUCACCUAUCGUAAUGAAAUCGGAAAUUUCCAAUAAAGAUAAAGGAAUGAGAUUUGAUGCCACCCUUACAACUGGGCCUAAAUCAACGUACACCCUAUCCUCAUCCCUCCAGAAAACGGUUUACAAGAAGAAAAUUGUAUACAAGCCUCAGAUAAGCAUUCGAACUCCAUCUACUGAGGUGUUUGCUUUUGGUGGAACUUACACGAAUGUUUUCGGAAACUCGAUUGACCUGAACUUUGUCCUCGACAAAGUUGUUGCUAAACCAGUUUCAUUAUCAGCUAAAUGGAGGCUUAAGUCUUACAGACGAGGAAGGUCACUUAACUAUGUUAAUUUCGCUUUUGAAUCGACACCAAUGUACAUAAAAACUAAAGGCAAGUUUGACAACAGGAACAUGAAAACUUUGGCCGCCGAUAUUGACCUUACAUACAUCAUCAAGGGCAUUGCCCGGGACAACGUUAAAUUUGCAUCAAAAUUGAUGAAUUGGAGUACGAAAACUUUGACGAAAGCAAGACUGUCAAUGAAUGCUGAAUCGAAGAAAAACUCUGACCUCAAUUUCAAACUUAUUACCAACGUUAAUCACAACAAGAGAACUUCUGGAUUUGAUGCAAGCAUAAACUAUGGACCAAACUUUAAGGAUGCAGAUAAACAGAUAACCGUUGAUGGUAAACUUGACAGAAGAAUAAAAAGUUGGUCAAUGGCGGCUGUUGACUUUUCUGGAAAAAUGGAAAUCGGAACGAAUUUCAGACUUGUCUCAAAAGUAACACACUCCCACAACUCCAAGGCCUUGAACUCGACUGCUACUCUGCGACUUAACAAAAACGCCAUGGAAUCAAACCUUCAACUUCAGGAUGAGUCAACAACAUUGAAAAAUCUGAACGGAAUUUGGCGUAUUGAUAUUCCAGGUAAAAAGAUACUCAUGACCCAUGCACUUAAGCAGUCUUCCGAAAACAGUUAUGAUCUGUCAUCAAAAGUUAAAGUUGGUCGCUCCGAAAAUACAUUCGACGCAUCAUGGAAAACCCCAUCAGCUAAAGCCUUUACUGUCUCCUCUAAUGUUCAGUUAGAUAGUAUGACACCUUUAAAACUUGAAGGCGAUUUCAACUUAGACCCAGCGCAAUACAAAAUUGGUGGUGAGAUCAUGCGAGGAUCUUCAAAAUACUCUGCGCAGUUGUCAUCUGAAAAGCUAACUGCAACUUCUGUUCGCUGCUUAGCCGAUAUAGUAUACCCAACCAGGCACAUCAUUGGAAACUUUGAAAGCUCUAUGGCAAACGGAAGAAUCAGCAGUCGUUCUGAUCUAAGAUGGAAUGCAGAUCGUGAUGAUUCACAAAGGAUAACCGUCAGUGGAAGUGGCCAAUACCAGGACAUGUCAAACAUGGAUGGAUCGCUCACGGUCCAGUACCCAAGCCGAACCGUUUCUGUAAAUGUCAAGCAAACUUACACUAACAAAUAUUUGUCACAUAUGGACCUGAAAUGGGGUGUCAGCAAUUCCGUAUCUAUUGAUACAGUAUUUGGCAGCAUUGCCGCCCGGGAUGGUCGGGACCUAAUUGGCAGUGUAAAGCUUUCAACCCCAAUCCAGCAACUCAAAUCUGUCGAACUUUCCCUGAACCAUAAAAUAGCAACAACAAACUAUAAUACCCAGGUUGACCUAAAGUUUGAUACCGAUGAUUCCAUUUCUGCCGAACUGAAAGUUCAGAGGCCAAUCAACAUAAGAAAUAUCGAUGCUGUGUUGAUUGCGAAGGCUCCAUCAUAUGGUUUGAAAUCAUCCCAGGCCAAUUUGCAGCAUUCCGUAACAGAUGGCGUGUCAACAGUGGCCAAAUUCAAUUUCAACAAACAAUUUUUGAACGCCGAUAUUCACCUUACUAACAACGGAAAUGAAAACGACAUCAAUUUGAAAGGACAGCUCAAUUUUAAAUCAUCAAUGCAGAACAUGAAGAAAGGAUCCAUCUUGUUGGAGCACAGCAACAAUGGCCGAGAUGUCAACACAAACGCACUUCUACAAUACAACAAUAAAGAAUACGGGCUGAAAAGUACAAUCACUGCAACAAUGAAUGGUAUGAAUAUUGCAACUGAUGGAAGCGUUACGAUUACUUUACCUUCUAAUGGUGUAUCCUUAACCUGGAAUCACAGAAAUACCAAAAGCAAUAUGCAAUCUACAUCGGAACUUAUUCUUAACGGAAACCAAUAUUCACUUGACAUUAAGAGCAUUCAUGACAUGAGCUUGGCCUCAGGAAAGGUGCAUAGUACAUUGCAAAUAAAUACACCAUAUCGAGUGAUGAAAGAAACCGUCCUGCAGAUAAUACAUGAGCAUAGGUCAGGCCAUUUCGACUCUGUAGUAAAUAUUUCAAACGAAGGAAUGACAAUUGUUACUGUUGAAGGAAAGUACGAGCGAUCGAAUAACCAAGUAAAAUCUAAAUUCACAACAUCUAAUUCGCUUCUUGGGGAUGAUGUCUCUGUCAUUUUAAAUGCUGACUACUCCGCGAGUCCAUCAAAGGCACAUUUAGAAUUGUCGAUUUCCCCAUCCAAAAUUUACAGUAUCGAUGGAACGUACAGAAAAGAAACUUCAGGAGACAUGGACAUUUCAAUAAGCGCGAAUACUCCAAACAACCCAGCAGUCAUAUUAUAUGGAUCACGCUUUGUCAAGAAAACAGGUAUUGAAUCGAAACUGCAACUACAGUACAUGUCAGGCAAAAACAUUCAACUGGAUAGUUUUCAUAAUCCCAAUGAAAUUUCUCUCAAAUUUUCUUCACCUUUCACAAGCGAUUUUGCAACAAAUGCAAUGUACAAACGAACAGGAAACACCCUUACUACAUCAGCAAAGAUUGACGCUGAACCAUUGUUGGGAGCAUGGCUAGUAUCAGCAUCGUUUGAUAUCAACGAAAGAUUAUCUGGUAAUGUAAAACUGACAACACCAAUUGCAAGCGUGCCAUAUUCACAGAUUACAUUUGUAAGUUAUAUGGUAGACAAUAAGAGACAGUCAUCACUUUCAAUUGAAUAUUUACCCGGAAAAACAGUUCGACUCGAUAGUAAGUAUAGCUUUCAAAGUGUCAACGACUUGGCGAUGUCUCUGGAAUUUUCGUCACCAUUUGACCAAAUGCCAUACGCCAGAGUUUCGAUCAAUCAUGUUGGAGACCUUCGACGAUUCUCAAACAACGGUGAAAUUGAAUAUCAGCGAGGCAAAGUGAUGUCAAUAGAAACUCGAUAUUCGGGCGUUGAAACCAAAAGCGGAUCUCUCAUUAUUCGGAGUCCAUUUUAUGAAGAUAUAUCGGCUUCAUUCAACUACGAGGGAAGUCUUCUUGACUUUAAAGCUGAUGUUGACAUGUCAUGCACAUCUAAUGUCCAUGUUGAAUUAAAACACAAUGGCAACUUCAAAAACUUUGAAUCCUCUAGCCAUAUCUUAGUCGAUAAUACAAAAUAUGGCGGAAGUCUAAACUUUAAAUCAAGCCCAGGUGUAGAAGCCUCGUUAGCCAUUGAAACACCAAUUCGAAACGCCAGGUUUUCUGCCUCACACAAAGGCCCUUUGUUGUCGUUUUCAAACCAAAUGGAACUUUCAGUAAGUGACAUCGGCGUUUUCUCAUCCGAUUUCAAUGUUGAUCUUCUGUCGACAAUCAACCUUUCGGCUAUUGUAAAAACACCUAUUAGAGGAUUCAGUGAUCUACGAGGAUCCCUUACACAUGAAGGCUACAUCUCAAAGUUCCAAACUCAAGUUGAAUUGCAAAGAAAUCAGGAUAUAUAUUUCGCUUCAACCAAGGUGAACACUGAGCCAGCAUUUAUUGCCGAAACUCUUCUGAAGACACCAUACAAGGCAUUAAGAGAAGCCCGUAUUUCCAUUUCACAGGAAUGGUGUGAUUAA